AUGGACGCCAAAAAGGCAAGAUCUGGAUCACCCGUGCGCCUGACUGUGUCCGUGACCACCUUGCUGGUGCUCUACACUCUGUUCAGCCAGACCUCGGACUCGCUCCCGCCCACCGCCUACAUCAAGAUGAUCGACGUGUGGUUCUUCGCCUGCAUCCUCCUGCUGUUCGCCGUCAUCGUCACGCAUGUCUACGUCGAGCACCUGGAGAACGGCGUCGCGGGCGGCGCGCGCGGCAGAAGGGGAGCGAGUGCCGGCGUGGUGGGCGUGGCGCCGUCGCGGGAGGCGUGGGAGAAGGGCCCCGUGUGGGCAGAGAUGAGCGGGAAACAUGAGAAGAGGAGGAGGUGGUGGUGGCGAGUACGGGCCUGGACCGAGACGCCCCUGGGGGUGCUCAGGGCGAUGAGGGGCUUCUUCGUCCCUGUGGCUGUGGCGGUAUUCAUGGUCGUCUACUGGACCAUCAUGUUCGGGGGCUGA